AUGCCCCGGCACGUGUUUUUGUCUUCCGCGGUGCUGCUGCUGUUCCUCUUUGUGCCAUUGCUGGCGCGCGGCAGCAGUGAAGCUGCCAGCGCUGAAGGGACGGAGUCGAAGGAGGUUGAGCUCUUCAAACCGAGGGAGGAUGUGGUGCCCGCUGAUGGGGAAGAGGAGGGAAUAAAAGCACGCUACAAGAGCGCUUCCUCAUUCCAAGGCAGUUCCCUCGUUGAGGCAGAUGGUGUGAUGGUUGCACUUGCUCUGGCUGCCUACAACGAUGAUGGUAGCUACGGCACGUAUACUGACAUAUGGGCAAAGUGGCACCCGUACGGAGACGGCAGUAAGAUGCCAAAAGACGCUGCAUCGGAUAAUCACUGGAAAACGCAACUUGUGACAAAACCGUCUGCCGAAGAGGGCCACCAUUACGUAGUGCGCAGUCCCAAGGCUGUGGUGAGGGGAAAUAAAAUAUUUGUUCUUGCGUCGAACUUCACCGUUAUUACCAAGGUUGUUUCGGCGCCUGUAACUUUCUGGGGCCUUGAUCUGAUUGUUGGUGAGGUUCGGAAGACCGCAGAGAAUGAUGGGAAACAAGUCUCAUGGAAGAAGACCAGCUUGCCGAUGCAGCAGCAUUUGUGGGAGAGGCUGGAGGCUGUUGAUGGGUCCAGAGGCGUUGCAGUUGGGGGCAGUACGAUUGUUUUCCCUCUUUUGGCAACAAAACGAGCCUACGAGGGAAACGAAGAAAAAAAAAAGAGACAUAACCGCUUGCACCGUCAUUUACUCCGACGACAAUGGCGUGAGUUGGAAAUUUCCUGCGCAAGCUGCGAUCGCCAAUGA